UUUUUCAACAAACAAGUGUACUUGUUGACAAACUCAUGUUCUAAUCCGUAAGGAGUUUCGUCUCCUUUUGAAAAUUCUAGAAACAUGGACUGACUUGAGCUGAACUCUAACAUCAAACCAUUUUUGUCUACUGACUUCCAGAAUAUUUCGCAGGAGCAACUCGACCAAGGCAUCAAACAUGGCGUUUGGAAAGACUGUGCUUGUCACCGGUGCAAACCGAGGAAUUGGCCUUGAACUUGUGAAACAGCUUCUCAAGCAACCUAACAGGCCAGAAAUUAUAUUUGCGACAUGCAGGUCACCAGACGGAGCUACGGAUUUGAAGAGAAUUGCUGAAGAAAACAAAUGUGUUCAAAUUAUAAAACUAGAUGUGGGAAAUCUUGAUGAUGUAAAGAGUGCAUUUGAAACUGUCAAAGGUCAUGUUGGGGACAAAGGCCUUAACGUUUUGAUAAAUAAUGCUGGCAUUCUGCAUUUGGAAGGGCGAUUGCAAGAUGUUACACCUGAAGUCAUGAUGGAAUCUUACAGGAUAAACACAAUUGCACCAACAAUGAUUAUUAAGGAAUUUCUUCCAUUGCUUCAACAAGCAGCCAAGAAUGAAUCUUCUAAGCCAAUGAGUUGUGCGAGGGCUGCGGUUCUUAACAUGUCCGGCAAGAUUGGAUCCAUUGAUGACAAUUCAAGUGGAAGAAAUUAUAGCCAACGAUGUUCAAAGAUUGCCUUAAACAUGAUGAACAAGAACCUGAGCAUUGAACUGAAAAGUGACGGGAUCUUAGCAGUUGUUCUGCAUCCUGGCUGGGUAAAGACUGACAUGGGUGGUGGAUUUGCAAUAACGUCAACCACAGAAUGCGUAGAAGGUCUCUUAAGAGUUGCUGAAGGCCUUGGAGAAAAGGACAAUGGCCUAUUUUACGAUUUCAAAGGAAAACUGAUUCCUUGGUAAAUCAAUGAAGGCUCAUUAACGUUUACUUUAGCUUGGGAAAUAGAUUAUAUUAGGAGAAUGGAAAAUCAGCCUUUUAUCUAGGAAUAGGAUCUUUUGAUAAAAUAGAUUGAUGAAUUGAUUUCUGAACCAACUUUUAUCCUUUGCAUCAGCAAUAUCUACAUUAUGGUCGAGUUUUUAUUAGAAUUAUUUUGCUGUCCCCUGCUGUGACAGUACAGUUUAAAUUUCCUCUCGUUUCAUUCAAAUUCAAGUUUGUUUGUUUCUACCGAUAGAACAGAUAGUAUUAAAUUAAGCCGCAAUUGUUUCAAAACGGUGACUUUCUCUUUAACUGUGCCUUUCCUCGGUUACGUUCAAGCUCUUCUAGCAGCACUAGUUUCAGUCUCACCCAUUAACCAGUCUAAGCAUCCCCUAUUUGGCCCUAUCUCUCUAGAAAAUCUCAGUCAAGUAUCCCCCACGUCAACUUGCUUUCUCGAUAUAACUCUGGAUUCAAGCCAUAAAACAAUCAAAAUGCGUUUUAUUCGACAGGUUCCUUAUUCCUAGGCUAGGCCCAAUACCUAUGAGAUCAACAACAUGAUUCUUCGUGUUUGGAAGAGGAAUAUCUGAGAUACUAUUUUUGUUAAUUUCUGAUUCAAGAGCUGGGAACUCUUUGCAUAGUUCUUUACCCUUGGCAGUAAAAUAUCGACUUGCCCUUCCUGCUCUCCUUUCUCUUGAUGGCAUUUAAACGCCGUUCAUAUGUUGAUCUUUUACAUCUCCAAUUAGGUUUUUUUUAUUGUACUCACGGCAGCUUUGAAAGCUUGCAACAACUCUUUAGAAAUAAUUUUAUUUCCCCUUUGCGUUCUAUCUUCAAUCACAUAAAGCAUUUUUAUCUUUAGAUGCAUGUUUUUAUCAGCUAUAUGUUUGAUACAGAAGGUUAAAUUGAAUCUUUAAUUUCUAGAUAUGAUAGCAGUUUUAAAAUGUUUGAAUUUACUAAUGAAAUGAAUAUUUCCAUGAACAGAAAUUUGAUGUUCUGGGGUUUGAAUGGUACAUUGUUUCUUUUGAAUGAUUGAAGAAAUAUUCGAUUUGGCUCUUUCUAGGAAACAAUUUCUAUGCAGGAAUGCGCAACAUGUUGCAAGAAAUUAAUUGAACUGAAUGAUCCAAUGCUUGUUGCCCGUGAAAGAAUCACACCAGGUUCCUAUUUUGGUCUCUUUCUUUUGACUAAAUACGGG